GUAAUUUGCAUCUUCAUCUGACACACAGACGCCGUGGAUGUUUCUUUUCAACUACUUGCAGUAGCUAACCUCGGCUCUGAUAAGGCAUGUUUGCUUACCCUCCAACCCCGCUAUUUAGUACAACUUGGUAUUUUCAAUUGGAAUUUCCAUUUCCCACCCCCGCCUUCUCUGACGCAGAACACCUUAUGAGAGGUCCUUCUUUGAGAUGAUUAGCUAUAUUGCUACUCUCUCUUAUUCGCACAUUUGGCUCCCACUUAUAUCAUACUUAUAACGCCUUUCUCAAACAAGUCGUUCAUAUAAAUCACUCCCAUUAUGAAUCCCCGAGUAGGCGUAGGCGUCUUCGUCAUCAAUCCCAAGGGACAAAUAGUUCUUGGACAGCGCAAAAGCAGUCAUGGCGCUGGUACCUGGGCCCUACCCGGCGGCCAUCUCGAAUUCAACGAAUCGUUCGAAGACUGCGCUGCACGUGAAGUACUAGAAGAGACAGGCCUCAAAGUCCGCGACAUACAGUUCCUUACAGCGACCAACGAUAUUAUGAAAGAAGAGGGGAAGCACUAUGUCACUGUUUUUGUGGGAUGCACGGUUGUUGGAGAUGAUGCGCAGCCGGAGUUAUUGGAACCCCACAAAUGUGAGCAGUGGAAGUGGGUGACUUGGGAAGAAGUUUCCUCGUAUCAUAGCGAUCCGAACUCCAGCCACAGGCUGUUCAUACCCUUGAUCAAUCUGCUCGAGCAGAGACCGGGGUUUCAUCCUGUUAGACGAUGAUGAUUUCAUCUCUUUUAGUUCUGGGAAACACUUCGUUACUUGUACUACAUAAAACUAUUAAAUGGAAG